GCUAUUAUCUGAAAUUAGCGCCUGCGCAGAAAUUUCAGUUAAUUGUGGUUUUCGAACGAAAUGUUUCUUAGAUUUUAGUUUCAAUAAAUAUGUGGAUGACUGAAUUAAUUUAAAAUAUGCUAAAUUAUCAUAAACUAAAGACUUUAAUGUUUUGAGUGAAAUGUUAAAUGUGUCAUGUGUCCGUAUUCAGCAUAAGCAAACAUCAAACGAAGAAAAAGUGAGCCAAAGGACCACAAAAUAAAAUAUAGCUGUGGGUAUUUAAAACAUGGCAUUCAUCUUAGGCUGCUUGCUGGCAUAUAAUGGUUGAGAUAAAAUUAAAAUUUAAUGCUAUUUGGUAUAUAUUUUCACUUAUUUCUUCAAUGUCAACUGGUACACAAUCAGAUGUUAGCAAAAUGACACCAAUAAAAAACCAUUUUGGAGACUCUGGUCAAUCUCACUUUACUACAAAGAACAACACUCGAGUUAUAGCACAAAAGGGCGGAUUAGCUGUUCUACCCUGCGUAGUCAAAUUAAAUUCUCCAGCAACAGUUUCAUGGAUUCGUCGAAAGGACUUCCAAUUACUUACGGUUGGAUUAUCGACACACAGUAGUGAUAAGAGGUUCCUCGUAGAGCACACGCGUCACAUGGGACAUUGGUCUUUGAGAAUAAAAUCUGUUCGAGAAAAUGAUCGUGGAUUAUAUGAAUGCCAAUUAUCUAUUUACCCUACCGAAUCAAUAUUUGUCGAACUGAAAGUUGUGGAAGCGGUCGCAGAAAUCGUUGGAGCACCAGAUUUGCAUAUUGAUGAGGGAUCAUCUCUACGUUUGGAAUGUAGACUGAAAAAGGCAACGGAGAACCCUGCGUUUGUUUUUUGGUAUCAUAAUAAUAAAAUGGUUAACUAUGAUGCACAGGAAGGAUUUUCCGUUAGUUCUGUUACGGUUCCAGAUACCGCUAUUAAAAGCGUCAACAAGACCUUAGAAAACUCAAUGAUAAAUACGAGCAAAAGACCCAACUCUGAUCGCAUGGAAAAUAAAGAUAAGGAUUAUUAUACUGAAAAUAAUUCAGCAUUGGUAACCAAAUCAAUGUCAUCUCCAUAUUUACUAUCGCCUGCAUCUAGCAUUUUAACAUUGGAAGUGGUCCAUUUUCAUCAUGCCGGGAAUUAUACCUGCGCACCUUCCAAUGCCAGAUCUGUCAGCAUUACUGUACAUGUCCUGCGUGGUGAAAGUCCAGCAGCCAUGCAACAUGCCAAUCAUAGUACUCUAGAUAAUGACAACAAUAAUAACAGUAUAAGCAGACCAAGUUUUUCAAAUGGUGGAUCCUGUAUUAUCCUUACUCCAUUUGUUGUAACAGUACCGGAUAUGCAAAGAAAAUUUUACAACUCUAUCAUUUUUGCAUAUUUUGCAAAAAUAUUAGUUUACACCAUUAAAUCAGUUAUACUAUUGUUAAAUAAUUUAAAGCGUUAGAAGAAUAAAAAAACUUAUUCGUAAUUUAAUUUUAA